AUGUGCGCCCACGUGGGCGAUUUUGGAUUAGCAAGGUUCCUUUCUAAUGCUGCCACUAAUACCUCUCAAGAUCAAACCAGCUCAGCUGGAAUCAAGGGAUCUGUUGGCUAUGUUCCUCCAGAGUAUGGAAUGGGUGGAAUGGCAUCUGCACAUGGUGAUGUCUACAGUUAUGGGAUCCUUCUUUUGGAAAUGUUCACAGGAAAGAGACCAACUAAUGACAUGUUUAAAGAUAGUCUGAGCCUUCAUGAAUUUGCUAAAAUGGCUUUGCCUGAUCAAGUGAUGAGGAUUGUAGACCCACGUCUGCUCUUAGAAGUUCGAGCUCUGAACAACAUACAACAAUGCAACUCUCCCUUGAGUAAAAUGCAAGAGUGCUUGGUUUCUAUAGUUGAAAUUGGUGUCACAUGUUCUGUAGAAUCUCCAAACAAAAGAAUGAAGAUAAGAGAUAUUGUCAUGGAAAUGCACGCAAUCAGGGAUUUAUAUCUUGGGGCUGGAAUCUACCAAGACAGCCACAAUUGAGGGGCCAAGGUUCGUCUUCUCUUUUGUAUAUCUUGACAUAUUUUGGGUGUUUAAGGAUGGAAGAUAUGUAGUGUAUGGUAAGUUGCAUCAGGUGUUCUACUUAGAUUUUCAGCAUUGUAUUCCUUCUCUCCAGCGAUGCCUAGGAAAUGAUCGUGUUGUAAGAUAUUAUCUUUCUAAGAAAUGAUUUUCCAACCAAAUACUCGAUAUGGAUAGAAUGAAAUGAAUAGAAAAUGGAAGUGGCCAAUGACUCUAGACUGAAGAUCGUAGUGAUCGCAUGAUUUCAAACAUUCCAAAUGCUAAGCAGUGGUAUAGAUGGAUCAUAUACUGAAAGUCGUUGGGAUGGAAAGAUCUAACCAUCUGACUGGUGGCCAUCAAUGAAUGGUUAAAAUAAAAUCAUCUGCUGUCCAAUUUGGAUCAAAGUGAUUGUUGAGAUCCAUUAGAAAUUGUAUUUAGUCAGAAAAAUAUGUUCCAUCAGGUGCACAAGCCGUCCAUUUGUUUUCUACACCAUGGCCCACCUGAUGAAUUGAGCAGAGAUUUUGGUUAGCACAUUUUGACAGCUGUGCCCACAUGAUGGGCACUCAGAUUCGGUAUGACCCAUCCAUUACCACUGGGGUGCUGGAAAAGCUCUUUGGGGCCUACCUGUUUUA